AUGGAGGGCGAUGAGGUUAUUGGUGCGCUGAAGCAUCCUGAUUGGUUGCAAAUGGCUCUCCCGCUAUCGUCCCACUAUCAUCCCGCUAUGCAUCGCAACAUCGUCGACCAUCACAAGAUCCUUGUCCUCUCCAUUUUCAGUGGGGGCGAGGUUCUUAAUCUCAUGAAUGUCUAUUCUGACAAUCAACACACAGCCAUUGAGCACCUCGCUGCUCGUGUGCAUUCUCUACCACCUUUCAUAUAUAUGGCAGGCGACUUCAACUGUGUAUCGACGACAUGGGAUGACUAUGAGCAUGGUGAGUCAUCAACAGCAAUAUCCCUGCAGGACACCACAUCUCAGAUCGGCCUCAAGUGGGCACGACCUUCUAACCACAGACCAACGAGGAUCAGUCCCAAUCCAAACCAGAGAUCCAAUGUGUUGGAUCUUGUAUUCUUAGCUCCAUCUGAGAUCUUAAUCUCGAUGCCCAGAUUGGAGCACAAUCUCCAGGGUCUGUCAGAUCUUGAUAUCGGUCCCGAACCGCCCAGAUCUGGGCGACAGACAAUCAAACCUGGAAGUGAGGCUGAAAAGUCUUUCAUUUCGGAUAUUCUCCAGGAUCUUGCAGCUAUUCCUGUUGCAGCCCCAGCAACCAAGGAAAGCGUUGAAGCUUUAGCUGAUGCUAUCGUGACGGUGUUCUCGGACGCAUGGCUUGCCCAUUCGACUGAGUCCAAACCUACCAAGCGCUCCAAGUCCUGGUGGACAGAUGAGUGCUCGGAGACAUUUGGAGUAUAUCAGCUGAGCCGCUCACUGGCUGAUUACAACAAGUUCAAGAAGGCGUGCAAGGACGCCAAGCAUGAUUUCUUUGAUGAACGCAUUGCAGAGAUUGCUACCUCUCACAAGUGCCUGUGGGACCUAAUGGAAUGGGUCAAACAGCGCAAGCUACCACCCUGUGAGGCUAUUCGCAAUGGCGAUCAGCCUUGUCAUGAUAUGGAUGACCUAUGGGACACCCUACACAGCAUGUACAACUUGGCCUCUGGUUGCGAGUAUGAUGCCUCAGUUUUAGACGAGCUUCCUGACGAGCCGGAGUUGCUCAAGGAUAGACAUGUCCUUGCGCUCUUCAUCGUGCUGGCCAAUGCUUGCCUUAGAGUGGGGCAUUGGCCACGUAUAUUCAAGGAGUCGCUAUCGGUUAUCGUACCAAAACCGAACAAGCCCUCUUAUGCAGUGCCGAAGGCUUUCAGGCCUAGCGUACUCCUCAUCACUUUCAGUAAACUUAUCGAAAAGAUGAUUGCUAGCAGCAUACAGUUUGACGCUGUCAAACAUGAUAUCUUUCAUCCAAACCAGCUUGGCGGCAUUCGCCAAAGGUCAACUGAGGAUGCUGGAUUGAUCCUGACUCAUCUCGUCCGAGCGGGGUGGGUUAAGGGUCUCCAGACUAGCAUGCUGGCUUUUGACAUUGCGCAGUUCUUCCCUUCUAUCAAUCAUGAAAUGUUCAUGGCUGUCCUGUGCAAGCAAGGUUUCUCCCCAAUUUUGGUGGAUUUCUUUGCAUCCUACUUAGUUGGUCACUCCACAGUUUACUGCUGGAACACCUUCCAAUCUGACUUGCAGUCCACAGACGUGGGUGUUGGGCACGGCUCAGCUCUCUUGCCUGUCAUCUCAGGGCUCUUCAUUGCUCCAGUAAUGAAGCUCUUUUAUAUCAAAGCGGCACUGCUCAACAUGACACUGCUCUCCUUUGUGGACAACGGGACCAUCUUGGCCCAGUCCAAACAACUCGAUGAUAAUAAUGUGGGCCUGCGUAAGGCCUAUAAGAUUAUCUACCUUCUCUUUGUUGCAUUCGCACUUGUCCUUGAACAUGACAAGACCAAGCUGUUUCACUUCUCGUGUUGUCGCGAUGCCUACAAUCCUUCGCUUGACCUGGGGUAUGCCCCACAUACAGGCGCUACACCUUUAAAACCCAAGACCUAUUGGAGGUAUUUGGGCUUCUAUUUUGACCGUGGGCUCACUUUUCAUGAGCACAUUUGCUAUUACGCCACCAAGGCAUUCACCACUCGACGCCUCCUCUACAGAUCAUGUGUGGUUCCUAUUGCCACAUACAGUUAUCGUCUCUGGUACUUCAAUGGCACCCAUAACAAGGGCGCCAUGAACCAGCUCAAACAGAUGCAGCAAAAAGUUGCUCUUUGGAUUAUGGGUGCAUUCCGCACCUCACCCACAGGUGGUCUUGAGGCUCUUGCAGGUCUCAUCCCUGUCCAUCUCAUGCUGAAGAAGUUGGCGAUGCGCGCAGUGUAUCGCAUCGCCACCCUCUCAGACACCCACCCUCUGCACUCCAUGAUGGGUGAGAGACUCCUCAAACAGGCUGAACCUCAUGCCUGUUCUGCCGCCUUGAUGACCCCAGCUAUGUGA